AUCUUGCUAUUAAACUAUGGUCUUUAUUUCUAUUCCAUCUAUGAAAAAUACGCGAAUGGAAAGCAAGGAAAUGAAUUGGAAAGAACAAUUCGAGCCAAGGGACUCGGCAUGUAUGUAGAUUGUGAAAUAAAAGGAGACACUCGAUAUCAAGAUAGUACACGCUUUCGACUUGUGCUUCGAAAUAAAGAGCAUCAUUCAAAGUACAGUAAGGAUGAUAUUUGGAUAAUAUCCAAGGUGUCUACAUUUGACCCAAGUCAAACAUUUCUUGCUCGCAGUAUAUUCUAUGGCCCCUUUUCGGAUGGUACUCUAGAGGUGGACUGUGUUUCUCCAAGAGAUGCACGCAUAGCAAAUAAAAUCGUGAGUGAGGCUAGAUAUAUAUAUGCACUGCGAUCCAUUUCUGCUAGUACAGAGUUUAUGAUGCUGGAUACACUGGAAGAAAAAUUAGACAGCCUACCGCUGCUACCCUAUAUUUUAGGUGAUAGACAAGGUAGAAAGAAAAAGGACUUGCUACCGCCUGCGCCACUGCCCACAUUAGCCCAAAUCGAGCUCAGGCGAGACGAUUGUAUUGACGUGAACGCUCGAUUAGCAGAAACUGUAGCUCGUUAUCGGCUUAAUGCGGACCAAGAGAACGUACUGCGCCAGGUAGCUGCAUCUGUGAUCACAUGUCCUGGCUGGAACGAAGAAUCGCAGCAUCCAGUCGUACUUGUCCAUGGUGUGUACGGAUCAGGCAAAAGUUUUCUCGCAGCCGUUAUCAUCCUAUUUAUUCAAGAGCUGCUGGACACAGUCAAUGGACAUCGAGAACCAGAAGACCAGGUUCAGUUCAAGAUCUUGGUGUCUUCCAUGACAAACGUAGCUGUGGAUCGCAUUCUACAGACAUUACUCAAGCUUGGCUACGAUCAUUUUGUAAGAAUAGGUAGUAUGAAAAAGAUUGCUAAAAAUAUACUGCCUUACACUGCAAAGGCAAGACUAUCAAGCAAUGAAGAGCUGAAAGAACUUGAGCAAAUGCUUGACGAUGGGCAAAAUUCUGAAGAAGAUUUGGAAAACAUUGCUACUGCAAUUCAGCGCUUUCGAAAGUCAGAAGGUAUCUCGCAAAUUCAUACCGCUCCUGUUGUUGGCACCACCUUUAUGUCAUCCGUGUUUGACAUAUUUAAUGGGGUUAGCUUUCCUUUUAUUUUGAUCGACGAAUCAUCACAGCUUAUGGAACCAUUGACGAUGGUUCCCCUGACUCGAUUUUCAUGUCAUCGUCUCUUGAUGGUUGGUGAUCCCUUACAAGUAAGUUUCAAAGUUUAAGAAACCUGAAAGCAACAAGUAUUUACUGCAUUGAUUAGUUACCACCCACUCUUGUUUCACC